UCAGUUUUCAGUAGCUAAUUCGAAAUCUCUGUCCAGUGCGUUAAAUGUUUGUCAUCGGUCAAUGCUUAACGCAAUGACCGAUCUAUGAUUUACAAGUUGUGAGUUUCCUUUAACGAUAGACAUUGUUCGGUAAGAGUAGCUGUGUUUCUAAGUGAAGGAGUCGGUCAAAGACAUCGCUACGAUAAGUAGAAGAGUAAACAAGUAGGAAGUUUCGAGGAAUAUAUGAGAAGAUGACAGAACGAUCGCAAAUAACGGGUGUCCUAUGGAUAUUCGACAAAUUAAUUCCCGGAGCCCUCGAGUCCCUGAAGACGCUCCAGGACUUAGGCAAGAGGAUCCAACUAGUGUCCAACAACAGCACGCCGUAUUUCAAAGACUACGAGGCGAAAGUGAAGCCCAGUGGCCUGCAGUUUCAACCGGCACAACUGACCUUACCGUCAACGGUGAUCGCCUGGUACCUGAACAAGAUCAAUUUCCGCGGCGAAGCUUUCGUCAUCGGAAGCCCAUCGUUCCGGCAGACUUUGACGGAAGCUGGUAUCAAGAUGACGCCACCGGGGUUUCCGGAGAUCACAAGGGACGUCUUAGGAACAUCGGUAAUUAACGCGGUCACAACGGGAGAUAGCGAUGCGAUCGUCCUCGACUACAGUUUAAGGGCCAGCUGGGCGCAACUGACCUACGCGAUUAAUCGUUUGAAGAAAGAAGACCUUUUGUACUUGAGCGGGACGAAGAGCCGAUCGAUCCUCGCCGGCCUCAGGAAGGAAGUCUUAGGCGCCGGACCUUUGACCGACCUGGUCAGCAGGAUGAGCGGAAAGCAGCCGAUCGAGUGCGCCAAGCCCAGCAAUGUCCUGAGAGAACACCUGAUGGACAUUUGCCAAGUAAAGGAUCCUAAACGAUGUCUAUUCAUCGGAGAUUCAAUCGCCACGGACAUGACGUUCGCGACCAAAUGUGGCUUCCAGAAGCUGUUCAUAGAAACCGGCAUGGACAACUACGCGGAUACGUUGAAAAACGAGGGUACGCAGCCGGAUUACUACCUCUCAACUUUGGGUUUGCUGACAUCGAUCAUCGAGUCGGCGUCGAAGAAUUCAGCAAAAAUGAGGAGCAGUUGACGCGUGGACGAAUGGAAACAAUGGAGAUUGCCAGUGCAGAUUUUUUGCUCGCCUCGGAGUCGACGAAUCUCCUUGAAGAAUGGGGGGAUAAAGGUUAAAACUGCAGCGUGGAGAUUUCUAGUCGUGGCCUCUGUACCGGAGAAAUAAUUUAUUACCGAACGACCUCUGACAUCCGGUUCGUUACCGAUUUCUUUUUGGAAUAAGUUAAGCCUGAAAAUGCGUAAAUAAAAUAUUAUGUCACAUAUUAUACAUGUAAA